AUGAGCUCAUUCUCAAGGUUGUCCUUGUGCUUAGAGGAUGACCAGCUUCUGAGAAGCUUCUCAACGCAACCUUUGAAAGGUUUCAUGGCCCGACCUGAGUUGCUGUAUGACGAAAUUUUAGCACCAGAUUGCUCGACUCCACUUUCAUCGGCUGAUGUCUUGGAAGACUACGACGGAACCAGGGGUGACGGACAUAACAACGAUGGUGGCUCUACGCCAUUUGUGAGCAGAAACUUCGAAGACACUGAGAUUACUGCUCUCUCCGGCGCUAUGGCUGGAUUUCUAGCCGGUGUCACUGUUUGUCCACUGGAUGUAGCGAAGACAAGAUUACAGGCCCAAGGGCUACGCUCAGGCUCUUCUAAUUACUACAAUGGCAUAGUCGGAACUCUCAGCACCAUUGUGCGCGACGAAAGCGUGCGCGGCUUAUACAAAGGCUUGGUUCCCAUAAUUAUGGGAUAUUUUCCGACGUGGAUGAUCUAUUUCACAGUAUAUGAGAGGAGUAAGAAGCUCUAUCCAAAAAUAUUUCCGUCUUUUGAUUUUAUCUCUCAUUCCAUGUCAGCUUUAACUGCUGGGUCAAUAUCAACGAUUUUGACAAACCCGGUAUGGGUUGUCAAGACUAGACUGAUGCUGCAAACCCAUGUUGAUCAGAAUUCUACGCAUUACAAAGGUACCUUCGACGCCUUUCACAAAAUAUAUACUACCGAGGGUUUCAAAACGUUUUACGCUGGACUACUUCCGUCUCUGUUUGGCCUUUUCCACGUUGCCGUUCAUUUCCCCAUCUACGAGAAACUCAAAAUAUGGCUCCAUUGUACACCAAACGCAUCGAGCUGCGAAGAACACAACCUCGAUCUAGCGCGGCUCAUUGCCGCCUCUAGCGUCUCCAAAAUGGUUGCCAGCACUCUAACAUAUCCUCAUGAAAUUCUUCGCACACGAAUGCAAAUAAAGGCGUCGCCCUUAGAUACGAAGGCAGCAGUUCUCAAGCACCAUGGCCUAAUACGGCUUGUUCAGCAAACUUAUAGAGCUGAGGGACUCAGAGGUUUUUACUCAGGUUUUACUACCAACCUUGUCAGAACCGUUCCGGCAUCAGCCAUAACUCUGGUCUCAUUCGAGUAUUUCAGGAAAUACUUUAACAAGCUUAACAACAACUUUGCCAUAUAG